GCCUGUGCGGACACGGGAAUCGUUGUUUUUACUAGGCCGUGAAAAUUAGAUAAUAAAGAAUGAUCACAAGUGUUCAGGUGACAGCCAAUUCUCGCGACAUCCGAUUGGUGUCAAUCGAGCCAAUCGACCUUUCAUUUCCGCCACCUCUGCGCUGAACAGACUCGUAAUCAAUUAUCUUAAAUAACAUUUCUAGCCAGAGAGCCAUGGCAUCGGAGGUGCUGAAAGUGUACGUGGUGUUGACGGCGUUCGUGCUCCUGAGAAGAGCUGCAUGCGGUACUUUAAUUUAUCCAGAACACAGAAGUGACCUUCAAGGUUACCAAGACGCCAGCAGGUGUUACCCAGAUGUUGGGGAGUGGUACCUUAUGUUCAGGAACUUCUACGAGGACCCAGACUUUGGUGGAGUGCGUCAUUGCGUGAAGUUCCGAAGAUACGGAACAUAUUCCUUUGAAAAUCACAGCACUUCUGUAGAGUUUGCAUUCGGCUCAGAAGGAUCAAUACGCGGGGAGUUUACCAUGACCUCAUCUGACUGCUACGCGGCCAAAGAUAGAGUUAUUUAUCAGCGGUACGACAAUAUUUCUUCCCCGAGAAACUUUCGUGUUCUAUACACUGACUGUACAUUCUGUUCUAUCCUUCGUCACCCAUAUGCUGCAAAUGGCUACGGUUGCAGCUAUUGGCGCCGCAUAGACACUUUCCACGAGGAGAACCUUUGCUGCGAAUACAUCUACUUCCAAAACUGUGGCGCGUCACCAAAAUACGAGUUCUUUGACCAUACUUGCCCCUUGUAGGCCCAGACACACACUGACUGCCUUGCUUCUGGGAAGCCUGCCAGGUGCUGCCUUGGACGUAAUUGUCGUGGUAGCGGAAGAAAAAAGAAAAGCUGAUGACCUUCUUGCACUUUGGUUUUUGCUCAUUUCUUCGUGUGCAGCCGUAAGAUUACGGACAAGGUGCCCUUCCUCCAGUGACUUGUCUUGAAGGAGGUACAGGAUUCUGCACGUAUGUGUUCAAGUUAAUGUGGAAGGACG